UUCUAUUCAUAUGGAGUACUAUAUAAGUGUUGUAAUACGACUGAAAAUUUGCAGAAAGAAGACAUGGGAAAGGACUCCUACGAAGAAGCCAUGGCUGCACUUGAGAAGCUUCUAGCUGAGAAUGGAGUAAUAGAACCGGUGGCGGCGGCGGCCAAAGUCAAUGAAAUCACGGCACAGCUUACAACAGCUGACGGCGGCGCUUCCAUCUCAUCGGAGUCCGUUGAGAGGCUGAAAACUGGCUUCAUCACCUUCAAAAGAGAGAAAUACGAGAAAAAUCCAGCUCUUUAUGGUGAACUGGCCAAAGGCCAGAGUCCUACGUACAUGGUUUUCGCAUGUUCAGACUCGCGUGUGUGCCCCUCGCACGUGCUUGACCUUCAACCGGGUGAGGCUUUUGUUGUCCGCAACGUCGCUAACUUGGUGCCACCAUUCGACAAGACUAAACACUCGGGAGUAGGGGCUGCUGUUGAGUAUGCUGUUCUCCAUCUGAAGGUAAAGGAGAUUGUUGUGAUUGGGCACAGUGCAUGUGGAGGGAUCAAGGGAGUCAUGUCAUUCCCAUACGAUGGCUCCUCAUCCACUGACUUCAUUGAGGACUGGGUGAAGAUUGCAUUACCGGCCAAGAACAAGACGUUGGCCGAGUGCUCAAAAGACACGCCAUUCGGCGAGCAAUGCACCACAUGUGAAAAGGAAGCUGUGAACGUGUCGCUAGGAAACCUGCUGUCUUACCCGUUUGUUCGGGAAGGGUUGGUGAAGAAGACGCUAGCGUUGAAGGGUGGAUACUAUGACUUUGUGAAUGGGAGUUUCGAGCUGUGGGGGCUUGACUUCAGCCUAUCGCCAUCUCUCUCUGUAAAAGAUGUGGCCACAAUUCUGCACUGGAAGCUCUAUUAGGAAAAUUGGGUGUGAGGCAGCCAAAUCAAUCUGCAGAGUGAUGGGGUUUAUCUGUAUCUAUCAUCUGGGAUUAAUACAAAUAAAAUACUACUUUUCGUGUAAAGAAAAUGAGUGCUACAAUACUUUGAGAAACAUAAUUGAUUGCUAAGUAGUACAAUAUCUUGAGACGGAUAA